AUGGCUGGAGGCUUGACCAUCUCUGAGGCCACCACGCUCCCGGGACCCAUGCAUUAUUCAGCCGCUGGAAAUGUGAGAGAGACUGACGACACCACUCCAACAUGUCCGCCCCCCGCCCCCCGCCCCCCCCUCCCCCCCUCUCCGCACCCCAGUCCCACGCUCAGAGGCUGGGGUCACUGGAUGAAGACAGUCCUUGACAAACGGGACGUGCCGGUGAUUGAUGGAGAGCGUUGA